GGGCGUGUCCGAGGCCAGAAGCCCAGAGGCGGAAAAGGGCCGGCGUUUGCGGAGGCCGCGGGUCCCCCAGCAUCGAGGGCGGUUCUGCGGCUGGGGUCGUGGUACAGAGCUGGCCGGGACGUGUGUGCGGCUGGCGGGCGGGGGACGCAAGGCCUGGGCGGGGCGUUUGGCGCCUCUGUCUUUUGACAGCUGAGCCUCCCGAGGAUCUGGGCAGGAUGAAGCCUUGGGCACCUCUCAGCGUCCUCCUCAGCUCCUUCUGCCUGGCCAUUUUCUGGCUGUGCAGCACGGGCGCCCUCUGGAGGAGUGGCAACCAAGAGUGGAGAAAACUAAUUAUGGUUCAACACUGGCCUAUAACAGUGUGCAAGGAAGUUGGAAACAACUGUACAAGCCCUCCAGAUUACUGGACAAUACAUGGAUUAUGGCCUGAUAGAGCUGAAGAAUGUAACAGAUCGUGGCACUUUGACCUAGAGGAGAUUAAGGACCUUUUGCCAGACAUGAAGAUGUAUUGGCCCGAUGUGAUCCAUCCACUCAGUCUCAGCCAUUUCUGGAAGCAUGAGUGGGAGAAGCACGGGACCUGUGCUGCCCAGCUGAACGCCCUCAAUUCCCAAAAGAGGUACUUCGGCGCAAGCCUGGAUCUGUACCACGGGCUCGCGCUCAACAGCAUGCUCCAAAAAUUGGGGAUAAAACCAUCUACCAGUUAUUACCAGAUUUCAAAUAUUAAAGAUGCUCUUGCCAGUGUGUACAGAGUCAUACCUAAACUCCAGUGUCUUCCCCCAAAACAGGGGGAGGAGGUGCAAACGCUUGGUCAGAUAGAGCUGUGCUUCUCUAAGGACCUGCAGUUGGAGAACUGUUCGGAGCCUGAGGGUCCCACGGAGCCCAGGGUGCUGGUGCCUGGUGGGCAGGGCGCCUUGUGGGCCCAAGCCGCUGCUGUGCAGGGCCCAGGGCUGGAGGUCUGCAAGGACGGCUUCGCCUUCUACCCCCCACCUGAAGAGACCCCUCAUUGAUGCCCAGAUCUGGGGAACAUUCUGUGUUCUGGAAAGAAAAGAAAGCCACCAACCACUGCUUUUCAAAAAGUAGCCCCAAAGAGUAAUCUCAUGUUCACAGCCGCCUUAAGCCUGUUCCUUUGUUUUGCUUUUCGCUUCAGGGCUCUGAGUUGAUUUUUGCAGCACACGUGAAAACAGGGUGAAGGCUGGUAAACGGAAAGCAAAACAGCCUCCCACGCAUGCCCAGGCAGCUCACUAUGGCUGGAGUAAAGCUUACAGAUUGCCUCCUUUUCUCCUUUAUUAAGCUGUCCAGCAUCUCAGACCAGGAAGGCACCCUGGAGUUUGGGGCAGAUGGUACAGAUUCAGGAGACCUCUCGCCCGCGUGCCCCUCAAGAGCUGCCUUCUAGGCGAGGGUCGUAUUGGGACCUGCUUCCAAGCCGUCAGGCAUGUCUGCCUCCUAGCUCAGGCGGACAUAUUUUGUUCCCUGAGGACAGAGGCGACAGAAUGUGUUCACCCUGUCUCUCCAGUGAACUAUUCCGGCCACUGAUAAGUCUGUGCUUAGAAAUGCUGUGAUGGCUGUGGCCCCAGGGGCUGCUGCAUCCCUUGAUUCCUCACCCUCCUUCCCGCCUCCCUUUCUGAGCCAGCGGUGCUGUGACCCCCAGGCUGGCCCUUUGUGCUGCAGGGGCCUCCUGUGACAGCUAACAAGGAGAUAGGAUGGGUAUACACCCAUAGUGUCAAGGUGAAAAAAUGCUGGAUUUUUCAUCAGAGAAAAUCCUUAUUUUAUUUCCCUGAAGGGUGAAUCUUGAAGGCUCUUUGUGAGUUCUCUGACACCACAACCAUCCUGGGAACUGUGUCCAGAGCAACAGGAACCUGUUCUCUCACCGUCUGGAGGCUGCGUCUGAGACCCGCUGUGGCCAUGGCUGGGUUCCUCUGAAGGUGCCAGUGGGCGGUCCUUGGUCUCUCCCAGCUUCUGGCAACCCUGGGCUCGCAGAUGCACUAUUCCAGUUUCUGCCAUUGUUUUAAUAAAUUGCCCGUUUAAAUCUC